AUGAACGGUCUGACGUCCCGGGUCCGGUGCGACCAGCGGUUGGAACAGGGUCCACUGCCACUCUCCACCGUUGACGUUCUGGACGCCGCCUCACAUGGCACAAAUACGCGGAAAGGUCCCCGGAUGACGGUGGCCAGCAUAGGAAGCACGAACUGCUGGAGGAAUACUUUAUCCCGAGCGAUGUGGUGCAGACAUCCUAAGAACACCAGCCGUGCGCAGUCACGCGACGCCAUUCGCCAACGGUUCUCCGGCAUUGCGUCCACCACCCAGCCACACCUCUUCAGGUCGAACACCACCUGAUCCACAUAGUUGUACCACGUGCCGUAGAACUCAUACUGGCGAUCGAGGUACACCUCGAUGUUGCGCAAGCCUUCCACGAC